CCCGCCAAAAGGUACCACGAUGGCGUGUUCGUGGAAACAGACCGCACGAAUGGUACAGGAACCAUGUUUCAUGUUACUGGCGACAUCAUUGCACAAAGCGGCAUGCGAUACGAGGAGAAAGAAAACUGGGUUCCUGGACAGUCGGCGCGUUUGCAUCGAAUAACGCCCAUUGGAUUCGUUAAUGAGGACGACGUCGACUCCGACAAGAUCAGCUCCGUCCUGCGUUCUUUGCCGACACCGACGAAACAGCAGGGAGUCAACUUCUGGAAGCGAAGCUCUGAGCCCGGGGCGAUCGAAAUAAUCUGGACAAAGGAGGAUGGAGAGCCAUAUGGAGCAGGCGAGGGGCGGAGACCAGUAAUCAAAUGCAACGAAUGGACGGAUCUUGCUAUUCAAACGCUGCGCAGCCGAGGCUUGCUG